GACAUUAGCGUAUUUCGAGACGCUCGUGCUCGGCGAGAUUCGUCAUGAUCAUUUCUCCGCUUCCAGUCGGAAAGUGAUUAUGUUGCUGUGCUGACCCAUCACAUCACCGUCCCUCUCCAUUUCCCGUCAUGGGCCUUUUCAACCGCAAGACAAAUCGAGGGGAUGAGAGCGACGAGACCACUGAGGUGAAGAAGGAGAAGGGUGGCUGGAGACGCCCAGCGAACACCGCUUUCAAACAGCAACGACUGAAGGCAUGGCAGCUCAUUCUGACCCCGAAGACCGUUCUACCUACCCUUUUCAUCAUCGCCAUCGUCUUCGCACCUAUUGGUGGUCUUCUCAUAUGGGGCUCCUCCAUGGUCUCAGAAAUUGUCCUCGACUAUACCCAAUGUGAAAACCUCACCCCCUCCUCGGCGAAUGGCUCCCUUUCCUUUUCUACCAUGCCCUCUAGUCAAUACUCUUACAAGCUCCGGGCGGCGGAUGCGGGGAAGAACAUUGUUCCCCCGACUUAUGCUUUCUUGGACAACACCAACAACGCAUCGGUGACGGAUCCGCUGGACAAGAAACAGUGCAUUAUACAAUUCAACAUUCCCGCCGACAUCGAUCCCAGUGUGUUUUUGUAUUACAAGCUCACGAACUUCUAUCAAAACCACCGGCGCUACGUAAAGAGUCUGAACUCGGACCAACUCAAGGGCAAGUUCGAGAGCAACAGUACUCUGUCAGGCGGUGAUUGCAAGCCAUUGGAUCUCCUUAAUGGGAAAGCUAUAUAUCCUUGCGGGCUGAUCGCCAACUCCAUCUUUAAUGACACCUUCACGAGCCCGGUUCUUCAGAAUCCUGGAUCGAAUGUGUCCUCGACAACCUAUGAGUUUUCUGCUAAAGGCAUCGCAUGGCCUGGUGAAGCCCAAAAGUACACUAGCAACCCUGUUGGGCCGGGCGGAUACAAUUCUUACGAUGACAUCGUUCCUCCUCCUAACUGGCAACUUCGCUAUCCCACGUACAACGCAUCAAACAUGCCUGACUUGAAGAACGACGAGCGUUUCCAGAACUGGAUGCGCACUGCUGGUCUCCCGACGUUCACGAAAUUGUAUGGUCGUAAUGACAACGACAAAAUGACGGUGGGCACAUAUCAGAUCAUCGUGGGCCUCAACUUCCCUGUUCUUCCGUACAAGGGCACUAAGUCUAUCGUCAUCUCGACUGUGUCAUGGAUCGGGGGAAAGAAUGCGUUCUUGGGUUGGGCGUAUGUGGGUGCUGCCGCCGUGUUCAUUCUGCUGGCCAUCGCCGGAACUGCUCGCCAUCUCAUCAAGCCACGACGACUUGGUGAUAUGUCACUGCUCUCCUGGAACCGAUGAUGCCUGGAUGCCCUAGAUCACGACUGACCCGUAAUAACAUGUAUCACCGACUGGACUGCCAUCUAAUACUAUUUAUUGUAUCGCAAGCGCUUGUGGUGAAGUGUACCCGA